AUGGCCUCAACUAUCCAGAGACAAACCAAGGUUCCUGGCUCGGAGCCAUCAACACCCUACCGGCAGAUUAGGGCCCAUUUUGACGAUGAGACCAUCACCGUAUACCAAGCCUACAACUCCGCCAUCGCAAAGGCAGCCGUCAAAGCUCAGAAGCUCGACGCGUCUCCAAACUUCAAGCUUACCCGCAUGACCUGGGUCAAGCCGAGCUGGUCGUGGAUGCUCUAUCGCGCAGGCUAUUCAUACAAAGACCGAGGCCAGGAGCGCAUCUUGGCGCUCAAAAUGACCCACACCGGCUUCGUCGACCUUCUCCGUCAAAGCGUUUUAACACACGGGGGCGAUUUGGACAAGGACGACGGGCGGGUGCGCGUCCAAUGGGACCCGGAACGCGAUGUACGGUUGGAGAAGCUUCCGUACCGGAGUAUUCAGAUCGGGAUCCCUGCUGGCAUCUGCGAAGCUUGGGUUGCUGGAGGAAUCGUUGGUAUUGAAGAUGUUACGGCCCGGGCGCGUGAGUUGAAAAAAGUCUUGGAAGAACGGUCUGGUGUCGGCGAUAAGGAACUCGUGGACUUGGGCUUGGUUCCUACUGAGAUGGAAUUCCCUAUUCCUGAAGACAUUGGGGAUGUUUUGGGAAUGCAUUCUCCCUGA